AAUGUCAAUAACCCACAACAAAAACAACAAAAAUGGAAAAAUGGCGAUUCUAACCAAAGUUUUUAGCAUAACCCUCCAGUUUCCCCUCAUCCGUGGCAUGGUUUCCUACGCUGUGAUCUGGCCGUCAUGCAGCGUCAUCCAGGAGUACAUGGAGAAUGGCAGCGGCUUGGGAGACGCGGACUGGGCGCGAGCUACCCGCUUUGGCAUCUUCGGGGCGUUCUUCAUGGCACCAGUGUUUUAUGGUUGGAUGAAGUAUAGCAGCAAGUUCUUUAGAGGAAAGAGUUUGACUACAGCUGUGACCCGAGCGCUGGUAGAGCAAGUAUCAUACUCUCCUGUGGCGUUGGCGUACUUCUUCUUCGGGAUGAGCCUGCUGGAAAUGAAGCCUUUAAACACCUGCGUCAAUGAGGUCAAAGAAAAGUUCUGGCCUACAUACAAAGUCGGUGCAAUCUUCUGGCCAACAGCACAGACUAUUAACUUCUACUUGGUGCCGGAGAAGAAUAGGAUAGUUUUCGUGAGUGUUGCCAGUUUCGUGUGGACUAUAUUCAUGGCUCAUAUGAAGGCUAAGGAACAAGUUGGAGGGAAAGAUAUUGAAGUGAAGACAGAGUUUAUUGAGAAGAUAAUAAAAUCUAAGGAUCCCGAUUAA